ACCCGUUCCAGCCCAUCGCAAACGGGAGGUAGAUAGCGUCGCGUUAGAAACUAAAGUGCCAGGAGCUGAAGACGAAGAAACCGUUAGAAGGGGCUUAGUGAGCCUGCGGUUCAGUACCAGACGACAACCUCCGGGUGUUCAGACUGUGGGCUGUGACUCCGUAUAAAUUGCCAAUUGGUGCUGUGUGUUGACGAUACUUCAAGCUGUGUCCCUGACGCUUCCUGCGACCUCGGAGAAGUCCGCAAGCGACACAGGUCUUGAAAGAACACGGAUUACCAACCGGGAAGCAGAGGACCUCGUACAUCUGACUAAUAACCUGCACGAACUAUCUUACAAGCGCCACAGCUACUUCUGCGAAACACCUCGAACUUCUGAGUUACGCAUAUUCGGAAAGCGCGUCUUGAAAGUUCGCCGGAGCGCUAGCGCGAAUGUUCGCGCGUUAAACCUCCGAGAUUUGCGCGCGCCGGCUUACGCUGGUUGAUUCGGCAUGACCGAAACCUGACAACGGUUUCGCAUCCGCCCAGCGGGCUGAAUCAUACGCACGCACUGCCGAUGAGGCGAAGGUGCAGAGAUAGAGACACAAAAUACCCCCACGUGACGCCGUAACCGGCGCUUCGGACGACGGACAGCCGAUAGCCGUUAUCGAUAUGCCGUUCGAAUCGCUUCACCACCAGUCCGCCGGCGUCAGAAGAAAGCGGUUGCUCCAACGCCCAACGCUUCGUCUCGGCCAACCGAGGGAAGAUAUGUCUACGGCAAAGACCAGGAGAACGAGGCCGGCAACGUCGCCUGCCUGCGACAUCACACCGCCGAGCUUCAUGAGAUGGAACAGCGGCUACAGCAACUGGUUCGACCGAGCGCAGCCGGGCUCACCAGAGAAGUCACUCUCUUCCUUCGAAAUAGACGACGCGACAUUCCUGGAGUGCCUUGUCAACGACGUGGGCAGCCCCGACGACAGCCUUCGGCGACCAUUUCUGGCCAGGACGCCACCUAGGCCUGAAGUGGUGGUCUCUGCCGCCCUGACGUCGACGCCGGCCUCCCAAAGGUCCAAGAAGAAAGUAACGUUCGCCUCCUCCAGCGAAGCGGCGAAGUCCAAGGCGGACUCGAUGCCAGACCUGUUGGAACCACCGCUCGAAGCUUCGUGUGCGAAAGAGUUGAACGCACCGGAGUCCAAGCCGAGGGCCAGGAACUCGUUCGUGUUCGCGGCGUUUAGCAAGAUGCCGUUCUCUACGAAGCGCAGCGGUUCUUUCACGGGAAUCGAGCCGUCGUCUGUCGACCAGCGAUGAACGUCGACCUUGUGGCCGUACAGUGCCUGCCUAUGUACAUAAUAUCAAUGUGUGACCCGUGAGACUUCUUUAUCCGUGAACAAUUUUCGUUAUAAGGCUGUACAAAUAAGCGGCACACGGGGUGUUUUUUUCUUCGCGCACCUUACAGAACGUGGGGACCCUUGGUCAACUUGAAAGGGUAAUGCCAAGACCAGUGUUGCGAUUCGUUCUGCUGUUUGCAACGAUAUUGACACGUGAGCACACAAAGUGAGAUGCUUGUCGGAAACUAUGAAAGCCUAUCUGCUUCUAUUUGACGCAUGCUGUGCUCCUAAUUUACUCUUAAUGCGAAGCAUUUUUUGCCCUUGAGGACCCUUCGAUAAUAAAAAAAGAGACGUGUGU